UCAAUCUCCUCCUAGACCCCCAACCUAUUUAAGUGCAAGAAGAGGAGAUGACGCAGACACGCAAGCACGUUCUGGUUAUCGGCUCGGUGAAUGCCGACAUCGUCGUGGAGAUCAGUCGCCUACCCGUGCGCGGUGAAACAUUAUCCGCAUCCAAGGCGGAUACCGGCAAGUUCUUUCCGGGUGGCAAGGGCAGCAACCAGGCUGCUGCAGCAGGCAAGAUCAUCGGCUCCAAUCACCCGACGCUGUGCGCAAAGUUCGCUGGCCAAUUUGGCAACGACACGCACGGAGAGGCACUCCAGACAGCACUGCAAGGCUCUGAUGUGGACACAGCGCUGGCUGGGCACCCAGCCUGUCCGUCAGGUCAGGCAUUUGUGUUCGUCUACCCGGACGGCGACAACUCAAUCGUUAUCGUGGGUGGUGCCAACCGGGCGUGGCCUGAAGAGCUGCCAGCCCCAUUAACGGACGCCAUCAAGUCGGCGGCUAUCAUUUUGCUGCAGUGCGAAAUUCCUGAGCGCAUCAACGCGUUGGUGGCCAAAACUGCUGCGGAGACCAACGUACCUGUCAUGUGGGACACUGGAGGUGACGAUACUCUGAUCCCGGCUGACUUGCUGCCAUUGUUGACGUACGUUUGCCCCAACGAGACGGAGCUGGCACGUUUGACCAAACGCGAGGUGAACAACACCGACGAUGCCAUAGCCGCCGCGCGGUAUCUGCAGGAGCAGGGUGCUAAGAACGUGCUGGUCUCCUUGGGCUCAGACGGAUCUGUGUUUAUUCCUGUUGAUAGCUCGGAAGUAGUGGUGCACCAGAAGUGCUUCAAGGUGGAGAAGGUGGUUGACACGACGGGUGCAGGAGACUGCUACCGUGGAGCGUUUGCCGUUGCUUUUGCUGAAGGCCGAGAGGUGCAGGAUUGUAUGGCUCGCGCUGCUGCUGCCAGCGCUCUUUGCGUGCAACGUGCUGGCGCACUCCCUAGUCUGCCGACUGGUGACGAGGUCGUGGCUUUUCUCAAUGAGAACGGUUUGUAGAGCACCGCGAAGAAGUGCUAGUUUUCGUGUUGGACUAGAUUUCUAAACACUCACGCGUUAGUUAUCAGCUCCUUGCAACUUA